UGUUUCCAAAAAACAUUCUGUCUUUUAUCGUCAACACAUAUGUUCUCGCAUCCCUCCUCGUGAAGCUCAGCCAAUCACCGCGAGAUCGCCCGCACGACGUCACAUUCCGCAGUUAGUCGAGCCCAAGCCGGCUAGCGAUAAUGCACGAUAUACUUGCGACCAUGCGACGCUCCAAACUGCUCCUGUUUCAUCUCCUAAUAUUCUGUCUUCUUUCGAGAAUUCACUGUGAAGUUUCGGAAAACGAGAUUCCCCUUGAUGAAUCACCUGACGUGAAAAUUGAGAAUUCAGCGGGAGACGAGAUAGAACCGGCCGUGGAAGAUGCUGGAGAUGAAUCUCGCGAUGCUAGAGAGGAGGAAGUGAAUGAAGUGGAGGAAAUCGAGAGACUUGUUCCGGAUUUUGAAAAUAUGACCUUGGAGGGUGUUUAUAGAGCCGCUGUUAAUACUUAUCUCGAUGAACAUUGGGACGAGUGUAUCAUUGGAUUCAACCAUUUUCUUCAAAGAUACAAAUCCUUCAGAAAUGCUGUAAUUAAUUGCCGAAAGAAUUGCCGCGUGGAAGCAUCAGAAGCUUCUCCAAUUUUCGCUGAGAACGUAGAAGAUCUGCACUUCUAUGAGAAAAAAAUUCGCGAAACUUUGUGCCUGCUAAACUGCCAUCAAGAUUACCGAGACAUUGCAGGUCCACAGGCCCUCAAGCGCCUCUCCAAGGACAUGGAGACUGAAAUUCUGGGACUAAAGCCCUAUGAGUACCUCCACAUCUGCUAUUAUCAGAAAAAUCGGUUCCAAGAAGCUGCUAGUGCACUCUUCACGUAUAUGACGGUCCAUCCACAGCACGAGAUGAGUGCAAAGAACCUCCGUUAUUACUUAACUUUGAAGGAAGUUGAUGAAAAUAAGGUGAAAAAUUUAGAAAUGUCACCUUUUCUGAAGUAUUACAUGAAAGCUGUGAAGGCUUACGAGGAGAAAUUCUAUGAAGACGCUGUGGAGAACUUCGAGAAGUCUUUGGAGUUGUAUAUGAAGUCUGAGGAUGAGUGUAGGCUGUACUGUGAGGGCUCCUUCGAGCAAGGAUGGUAUCCAGAGUUUACUUCUUCAAUAGCAAAUCAUUUCACGUACUGUUUAAAAUGUAAAAGACUGUGUUCUCAAUUGCUGAACAACUUCAAUGGAGACUAUCAGAAGGACCUUCUACCCAGCCACUACAACUACUUACAAUUUGCCUAUUACAAGUUGGGCGAGAUCAAGAGCACUUGUCGUGCUGUUGAGAGUUACCUGCUCUUCUACCCCGCUGACGAAACAAUGCUGAAUAAUCAAGAGUACUAUAAGAAAUUACCAAAGGUGGAGGACCAACAGGAUGAGUUCUUCAGUCCACGUCCGGAAGCGGUUAAAUAUGUUAAGCGCCAAGAGUACGAAUUGGGAAUUCUCCGAUAUAUCGCUGAUGAAUUCGCCGCCAUUGACGCUAGAAUAUCGGAUGCAAAAAAUUCGGACGCUUAUAACGAGAAGACGAAGGAACAUCUCUCAUUCCCACACGAGUUCACCAACGAAUCGAGGGCGGGAAACAUGAGUCAACAGAAGGGAGGAUCGAAUUAUUGGCGGGAAUCACAAACUGGAGUAAUCCGAGGGAUAAAGGUCGUUGCAAGUGAGAAGGAAUUGAAAGGAAAGCAGAGAUACCUGGCCGAGGGACUUCUGAGAGCACAACAAUGCAAAUCUCUUAUACAGCUAGCGGAGGCCGCGGCAGUUGAAGGCGAUGGAUAUGCUCAUAACAAGAGUCCUCACUCCAAAUUCGAGAGGUUCGAAGGCCUCACAGUGGGCAGAACAGCUCUGAUGGUUUACCUCGGUCUCCUCGAGCCCGUCCACUUGGACCUCUUCCUCCGAGCCACUGAGCUCGCCCGCAGCCACGUCGAAGAAUAUUUCGAUCUUCCUCAAUCCCUCUACUUCACAUACACCCACUUGGUGUGCCGCUCGGCCCUCCCUGGAUUAUCGUCGAAUGGAUCGACAUUCAGUCACCAGAUUCACGCAGACAAUUGCCUGGCGGUUAGAGAAGGUGUCUGUCUCCACCAAAAUCCAGCAUUUACCUGGAGAGACUACUCAGCCAUUGUCUACCUGAACGAUGACUUCGAGGGCGGUGAGUUUGUCUUUUCAGCAGAUCCUAUGGCUAAGAUCAUCGAGAGCAGAGUGCAGCCAAAGUGCGGACGCAUGGUUGCAUUCUCCGCCGAUGGAAAAAACCUCCACGGAGUUAAAGGAAUCAAAAAAGGGAAGAGAUGUGCUCUAGCUCUAUGGUUUACUCUGGAUGAGAGGUACAUAGAGAGCGAGAGGAGGCUGGCCCAUGUAAUUCUGGACAGGGUCUAUUUAAAAGGCCCCGUUAAAGUUGAGAGGGGCUUUUCCAUCCCUCGAAAUUACGAGAGAACGCUAUUGGAAAAAUUUCAGAAGGACGCAGUUCUUAAACUACUUAUGUCAUCGUCCUAGUGCUACUUUAUCGUGAGGGGAAAAUUUAGUAUUACUGUUCGUUGUGGAUGUUCACUUAGUUGUAGCUAGAAUUUAAGGAUUUGUAGCGUCGAUACUGGGGAGUAUUUUUUGUACAUUACUGAGUGCUGGACACUCGAGAACAAAUACAUUUCGAUAAUUCAUGGCGACAAAGAG